UCCUUCCCGAGGGACCUGUGGGUCGCUGUGGGAAGCUCUUCAGUGGAGAUGAACUGCUUGAGGUCAACGGCUUGUCUCUGAUUGGUGAAACGCACAAGGAAGUGGUGAGGAUCCUGAAGGAGCUCCCUCUCUGCGUCUACAUGACCUGUUGCAGACCCGCCCCCCACCUGCAGAUUGACAUGCACGAUGUCCAACCAGAACCAGAGAUUCUGUCUACAGUGUCUGCAUUAAAGAAACAAAUAGACCUGAGCAUUGUGCGGGCGGCUGCAGACUCAGAGGUGAAGGCGGCAGCAGCAGCAGCAGCAGCAGUGACAGUGGAAAAUGUGACGGAGGAGGUCAUAGCCUCUCCUCUGGCCAUGUGGGAGCUGGAGAUCCAGAACAUCGAGCUGGAGAAAGGAGAAGGAGGAUUGGGAUUCAGCAUCCUCGACUACCAGGAUCCGCUGGACCCGGCCAAGACGGUGAUCGUGAUCCGCUCUCUGGUUCCCGGCGGUGUGGCGGAGCAUGACAGCCGGCUGCUGCCAGGAGACCGCCUCAUGUACGUGAACAGCACAGAGCUGGAGAACGGCAGCCUGGAGGACGCAGUGCAGGCGCUGAAGGGGGCCCAGCUGGGCAUGGUGCAGAUAGGAGUGUCCAAACCGCUGCCUGGAAUAUGUGGAUAUUCCCACUCUCCACACCCCUAUGGUGAGCAGGAAAUUACUCCAUCAUCCACCAUCCAUUCAUUUGACUUCAACAAUAUUUUGGUUGAAGAAGGAGAGGAAGAAGGACCGGCUGAGGGCAACGUUUACCGAGCAGAGCCGGCAUUGAUCGACACCAGCGAGGCGGAGCAGUUAGAUCAUUCUUACUCCACGAUGGACGACGACUCUUUCCAGGCGUCCAUGAUGGCUCUGCACGGCAGCAGCUGCAGCGCCGACCUGGACUAUCUGCACGCAUCUACACCCAAGCUGACGGCUCGUCUCGACCUGUUGGAGGAGCGUCCCGGCUUUGAGACACCGCUCGGCCUCGAAGACGAUUUCCCAGCCUUCUCCCCGCAGAAGUCUGCCUCUUUCUCUCCUCCCAGUCUCAGAGGCCCGACGUUUAACUCCAUACUGAGCCCCUCUGACCACUUCCUGGCACCACACGCUGACAAAGAGGAACCAGAGCAGUGUUUAAACUCUGAAGCAGGGACCGGAGCAUUAGACGAACCUGCAGAGACACCCAUGUCUUUUGAAGAUAUUGGAGAUAUAAAUUUGAUAAAGGUAAAACCAUAA